AUGACGAAACUCUUGCGGAAGGCCCCGGCUUUCUCGUGGAAUGAAUCAUGCGAAGAGGCCUUCGAGGCGCUGAAAACAACCUUGGCGACGCCACCAAUCCUAACAAGACCUGAUCUCUCGAGCCCACUCUUAGUAUACCUGGCCGUAUCUGCCGAGGCUAUUAGCUCGGUCCUGGUGCAAGAAAAGGAAGGCACCCAAACUCCCAUAUAUUUUGUCAGCCGACUCCUGCAAGAUUCUGAGACCCGGUACCAACUGAUAGAAAAGGUCGCGCUCGGAUUAGUUCACACCUCACGACGCUUGCGACACUAUUUCCAAAGCCACCAGGUGGUAGUACACACCGACUGCCCCAUCUUGAAGGUCCUAGGUAAGCCCGAGCUCGCCGGCAGAAUGAUGGCCUGGUCGGUGGAGCUCUCGCAAUUCGACAUAACCUUCAAACCGAGAGGACCGAUCAAAGCUCAGUGCCUGGUUGAUUUUGUGAACGAGCUCCACCCCCACGGUCAUUUCGAGGAGCAAUGGUGGACCCUCCAUGUGGAUGGCUCGUCAAACUUCCGAGGAAGCGGAGCAGGUGUAAUUCUAGAGGGACCCAAAGGGAUAGUUUUGGAACAAUCCCUCCGUUUUCGAUUCAAGGCUUCCAACAACCAAGCCGAGUACGAAGCCUUACUGGCCGGACUAAGACUAGCCGAAGACAUGGGAGCCUCGAGAGUCAAAUGCUUGACCGACUCCAAAGUUGUGGCCGAGCAGGUCGGCGGUGUCGGUCGAGCACAUCCACGCGAAGACAACACUCGAGCCGAUCAGUUGGCUAGAUUGGCCGCGACUAAAAAGCCAGGCCAUUUGAGAACGAUCAUUCAACAAGAGAUCGACCACCCUAGUGUCGACGCUGGAGUGGUUGCAAAUGUCAAUGGCAACCGCGACGAUCAGGACGAAUCCCAAGAUUGGCAAACUGAAAUCAAAGCAUUUCUCAUAAAUGGAACCACGCCGACCGAUCCGACCGAGGCCAAAUGGCUAAGAACCCAAGCCAGCAGAUACGUUGUCAUUGUCGGCCAGUUGUACAAACGCGGUUUUUCUACCCCUUUGCUCAAGUGCCUAAACUCCGCCGAGGCUGACUACGUGACGAGAGAAGUACACGAGGGUAUAUGCGGAAUGCAUUCGGGAGCAAGGACGACCGUCUCCAAUCUCUUACGAGCCGGGGGCUAUUGGCCGACCAUGAUCACCAACGGCGCAACGUUCGUAAAGAGAGGACAACCAUGUCAGAGGCAUGGAAACUUGAUUCAUCAACCGGCCGAGCAGCUACAUUGCAUUCCUCCAGCAUGGCCAUUCGCCACUUGGGGAGCCGACAUACUCGGGCCCUUCCCAGUUGCCAAGGGACAAUGCAAGUUCCUCAUCAUCGCCGUGGAUCUAUUCACCAAAUGA